ACCGGCAGCCGGGCUAGCCGGAGAGUCUCCCCGCAGCGCGCCAGCCGGGCUAGCCGGAGCGUCUCCCCGGAGCCGGGGCCGCUGCCCGCCGCCCGAUCAUGCGCCCCUCCGCGGCUUGGCUGCUGCUCCUCGCCCUGCCCGCCUGCCUGGCUGCGCCCUCCCGGCCUGUCUACACCAACCACUGGGCAGUGCAGGUGCUGGGCGGGCCGGGCGAGGCAGCCAGGCUGGCCUCCGCCUACGGCUACGUGAACCUGGGACAGAUUGGGAACUUGGAGAACUAUUACCACUUUCACCACAGCAGGACGAUAAGGCGCUCGACGCUCAGCAGUCGAGGCCGGCACAACUUCCUCCGGAUGGAUCCCAAGGUGAAGUGGCUACAGCAACAGGAAGUGAAACGACGAGUUAAGAGACAUGUCCGGGGUGACCCUCAUUUGAUUCACUUCAAUGACCCAAUGUGGUCUAAAAUGUGGUAUAUGCACUGUGGAGAUAAAAACAAUCACUGCAGGUCAGAAAUGAAUAUUCCCGCAGCCUGGCAGAGAGGAUAUACUGGCAAAAAUGUGGUGGUGACCAUUCUUGAUGAUGGCAUAGAGACAAGUCAUCCCGAUCUCGUACAAAACUAUGAUCCUCAGGCAAGCUAUGAUGUCAAUGACAAUGACUGUGAUCCAAGUCCACGCUACGAUGCCAGCAACGAGAAUAAACACGGCACCCGCUGUGCUGGACAAGUUGCAGCUAAAGCAAACAACUCUAAUUGUAUCGUGGGCAUCGCGUAUAAUGCAAGAAUAGGAGGCGUUCGUAUGUUAGAUGGAGAUGUAACAGAUGUUGUUGAAGCAAAGUCGCUUGGCAUCAGACCCGAUUACAUUGACAUUUACAGCGCAAGCUGGGGGCCAGAUGAUGAUGGGAAGACAGUUGAUGGACCUGGUGAAUUGGCCAAACAGGCUUUUGAGUAUGGCAUUAAAAAGGGUCGUAAGGGUUUGGGCUCCAUUUUUGUCUGGGCCUCAGGAAAUGGUGGCAGAGAAGGCGAUUACUGCUCUUGUGAUGGCUACACCAACAGCAUCUACACCAUCUCCAUCAGCAGCAGCACAGACAAUGGGCUCAAGCCGUGGUAUCUAGAGGAAUGCGCAUCUACUCUCGCCACAACCUACAGCAGCGGGGCAUUUUAUGAACAAAAAAUUGUUACCACAGAUUUAAGACACGGUUGCACAGAAGGUCAUACUGGAACUUCCGUGUCUGCACCCAUCGUCACAGGCAUCAUCGCUUUGGCUUUAGAAGCAAACCCCUCACUGACCUGGAGAGAUGUUCAGCAUCUGAUUGUUAAAACAUCCAGGCCACUACAUCUGAAAGCAAAUGACUGGAAAACAAAUGGAGCAGGACGCAAAGUUAGCCAUCUAUAUGGAUAUGGUCUGGUUAAUGCAGAAGCUAUUGUAAUGGAAGCUAAGAAAUGGAAAAAAGCACCCACCCAGCACGUCUGCAUUGGAAGCUCAGAUAGGACACCCAGGGACAUCCAUGCCGACCAGACGGUGCGCACAACCACCGUGACCAACGCCUGCGCCAACCACUACGACCAGCGCGUGGUGUACCUGGAGCACGUCAUAGUGCGAGUCAGCAUUGAGCACCCUCGGCGUGGAGACUUGCAGAUUAACUUAACUUCUCCUUCAGGGACAGAGUCUCAGCUCUUGGCAAGAAGAGUGUUUGAUAUCUCCAACGAAGGAUUUAAAAACUGGGAAUUCAUGACUGUCCACUGCUGGGGGGAGAAGGCAGAAGGGGAAUGGACUCUGAAGAUCCAUGACACGUCAUCCCACAUGCGCAACCCAGAGAGGCGAGGGAAGUUAAAGGAAUGGAGUCUCAUUUUAUAUGGAACAGACGAACACCCUUACAACGCAACCAGUUCCCAUCACUCCCAAUCGAGGAUGCUGGAGAUUUCAACACCGAAAUUGGAGCUCUCUAAAGCAGCAGUUUUCCAGAGUCAGAUGGAGGUGGUGGAAGAGGAGGAAGAAUACACAGGUCCAUGUCAUCCUGAAUGUGGCAACAAAGGCUGCGAUGGUCCUAAUGCAGAUCAGUGCUUGAAUUGCAUCCAUUACAGUCUUGGAAUUGUUAAAGCUGGCAGGGUGUGUGUGAGCUCGUGCCCUUCGGGGUAUUUUGGGGACAACGCAAGUAGGAGAUGCCGACGAUGCCAGAAGGGGUGUGAAACCUGCACGGGCAGGGGCCGAAACCAGUGUACAUCUUGCCGACGCGGUUUCUAUCACCACCAGGAAACAAAUGCAUGUGUGGUGUUCUGUCCAGCUGGGUUUUACACUGAUGAAAGUCAAAAACUCUGUCUGGAAUGUCAUCAAAGCUGUAAAACAUGUGCUAGUGAUCCAGAUAAACGUAUUCUCUGCAAGGAUGGAUUCAGCCCGUUAGGAGCAGGCUGUCUCCCGGAAUGCCAGCCAGGCAUGUAUUUCAGCAAAGAGACCCGGAAAUGCGAGAGGUGCCACGCGAGCUGCCAGACAUGUGUCGGGCCAGGCAAAGAGGCAUGCAUACAAUGUGCCAAAGAUUUCCACCUGCACGAGUGGCGCUGUGUCCCUGCUUGCAGCCAGGGGUUUUACCCUGAGGCGGUGCCAGGUCUACCUUAUAAAGUCUGCACAAGAUGUGACGACAGCUGCUCAGCCUGUGAAGGCUCCAGGGAUAACUGCGUCAAGUGUAAGGAAGGUUUCAAUCUGCGCAUCGGCUCAUGCAUCACAAAUGUAACCUGCAUGGAUGAUUCUCCUAUUCCUGAACGCAGCCCCUCAGCUUUCAAGACCCUCUGUGAGAUUGUGAAAUCAAAAAAGCUCUGUGAAAUGAAGCUAUUCAUACAGUUGUGCUGUCAGACAUGUCUCAUGGCUGGAUAAAGUCCAUUAUCUGCAUCCAGGAAUUCCACCACCCUGCAAGUCCAGUUUGCCAAACCUUUAGGACAAAAGUUUAUUUUUUCAACUUUGGGAGAGUUUACAUGGUGCUGCCUAACAUCAGUUUGAUAGCUUUAAUAUCUCUGUCAAUUUGUUUCUAUAGCAACAUAAUGAAUAGCAUUAAAUCUAGGUAGGAUCUUAUUCUUGGUAAUUAAGGCCUCAAAGAUAUAAAACAAAUGGCAAUAUUAAUACUCUCAAAUGCUUCUCAUGGAUGGGGACUGAUGUGUGAUCUAGACACCUCACCUUGUUUCUUAGUCAAAAUCCUUCUGAUUCAACCAUUCCAAGGGCAUAGCAGGAGAUCAGGACUCGAAAGCACCACGGAUUUCUGUGUCUCUGAGAAGAAGAAGCUAUUAAUGGUUAAACACUUUCUAUUCUUCUAUGUUAGCUCAUGACUGAUAAAAAUCCACGUUACAAAAAAAGAGUAGUACGGUAUUUUUCUGUUCUUUACAUAUGUAAAAUGAUGAACUGUGUAAUCUGAACUAAAUAAUCCACUCGAUAAAAGCUCUAAAGCAAAGUA